UGUCGUGUUUUGGUCUCUGCUAACGCCGGAGUCUGAAGAUGACAGCGAGAAAGUCUGGAUCACGACUCGAGACCGAGAUAGAACGAUGCCGUUCGGAAGGGCAAUGGGACAAGAUACCAGAGCUUGUACGGCAGCUGUCUGCCAAACUAAUAUCAAACGAUGACCUGGGGGAGCUGCUGCUGGGGGAGGCCAAGCUCCAGCAGUACAUCAAGGAGAACCCCAUCAAGCAGGGGGCCAGCCCCAGGGGCCCAAGACCCAGGCUAGUGGAGGUCCACAAGCACCUGACCGCUGCCCUGGACCGAGGGAACCUCAAGCCGGACUACAUGCAAGAGGCCAGCAUGUUAAUGGCCAAGCUGUCCUACGUGGAGGGAGACUACAGUGAAGCCAUCAACCAGUAUGGCAAAGUGACCCUGGACGAGCUGGCGCUGGUGGGAGCCCCUGUCUACCGUCUCUCCAUGAUCGCCGAGGCAUACGCUACCAAAGGUCUGUGUCUAGAGAAAGUCCCUGCUGCGUCUCCGUCCCUGUCCAAUCGUAACGUGGACAAAGACCAAGAAGUGAUUACCUGCUAUGAGAAGUCUGGAGACAUCGCCCUGCUCUACCUACAGGAAGUAGAGAAGGCCCUCAGUGCGGGGAUGCAGAACCGCAGUCCAAAGCCAGGCCCAGUGGCACAGGAACAGGAGCUGGGAUACUUCCUGGAGACUGGACUUCAGAGGGCACAUGUCAUCCACUUCAAAAACGGUAACCUGACCCGGGGAGUGGGCCGCUUCCGGGAGAUCCUCCGAGCUGUAGAGACCAGGACCACACAGAACCUACGAAUGACCAUAGCGCGACAGCUAGCAGAGAUCCUGCUGAGGGGGAUGUGUGAGCAGAGCUACUGGAGUCCUCUGGAGGACCCGCCCAGCCAGUCCCCCCUGGAUGACCCCCUACUACGCCAGGGAGCCCCCUACACCAAGGACUACGCACUCAGCCGCAGGCCACGUGUCUACUCCGGAGAGAAUCUGUUUUGUCCACAGGAAAACACAGAAGAGGCUCUGCUCCUGUUGCUGAUCAGUGAAUCUAUGGCCAACAGAGAUGCGGUGCUGAGCAGGAUUCCAGAGCACAACAGCGACCGCAUCAUCAGCCUGCAGAGUGCCUCUGUGGUCUACGACCUACUGACCAUCGCCCUGGGCCGACGGGGACAGUACGAGAUGCUCUCUGAGUGUCUUGAGAGGGCCAUGAAGUUUGCCUUUGAGGAGUUCCAUCUCUGGUACCAGCUGGCCCUUUCACUGAUGGCUGCUGGGAAGUCGGCCCGAGCGGUAAAGGUACUGAAGGAGUGUAUCCGUCUGAAGCCCGACGACCCAACCAUUCCCCUGCUAGCCGUCAAGCUGUGCAUCGGAGCACUCCAUUGGCUGGAGGAAGGAGAGUGUUUUGCUAAGAUGGUGGUGGACAUGGGGGAGAAGGCCUCAGAGUUCCGAGCUAAAGGUUACCUAGCCAUCGGCCUGGUGUAUAGCCUCAAGGCUACAGACGCGUCCCUACGGGGGAUGCAGGAGGAGUAUCAAAGGAAGGCCCUGGGUGCAUUCCAGAGAGCCCAGAGCUUGUCCCCCACAGACCACCUGGCUGCCUUCUACCUGGCCCUGCAGCUGGCUGUGUCACGGCAGAUCCCGGAGGCUCUGGGGUACGUGCGUCAGGCUCUGCAGCUGCAGGGAGACGACGUGCACUCUCUCCACCUGCUGGCCCUGCUGCUGUCGGCCCAGAAACACUACCACGACGCUCUCAACAUCAUCGAGAUGGCGCUCAGCGAGUACCCAGAAAGCUUCAUUGUGUCAUCCCGUGUCUCAAACUGCGUCACCUGGGUGUCUCCCCGCAGCCUGUUGUUCACCAAGGUGAAGCUGGAGACGUUGUGUCGAGGACCUGAGGAGGCUCUGCUCACCUGCAAACACAUGCUGCAGAUCUGGAAGUCCUGUUACAACCUCACCAACCCCAGUGAUUCAGGUCGAGGCAGCAGCCUGUUGGACAGAGCCAUAGCAGACCGAAGGACGCUCAAUGCCAUGACGCUGCCUGACUUCAGUGAUCCAGAGACGGGCUCGGUCCACGCCACAUCCAUGGCGGCGUCGCGGGUGGAACAGGCCCUGUCAGAGGUGGCAUCCUCCAUGCAGAGCAGUGCCCCCAAACAUGGACCCCUACACCCCUGGAUGACUCUGGCUCAGAUCUGGCUCCACGCAGCGGAGGUGUACAUUGGCAUGGGCAAGCCUGCGGAGGCGACAGCCUGCACCCAGGAGGCUGCCAACCUGUUCCCCAUGUCCCACAACGUGCUGUUUAUGCGGGGCCAGGUGGCUGAGCUGCGGGGCAACGUGGACGAGGCCAAACGCUGGUACGAGGAGGCCCUCUCCAUCAGCCCCACCCACGUCAAGACCAUGCAAAGACUGGGUCUGAUCCUGCACCAGCUGCAGCGGUACAGCCUGGCAGAGAAGAUCCUUCGGGAUGCGGUGCAGGUGAACUCGACGGCCCACGACGUGUGGAACAGCCUGGGGGAGGUGCUGCAGGCUCAGGGCAAUGCUGCUGCCGCUACAGAGUGUUUCCUCACCGCCCUGGAGCUAGAGGCCUCCAGCCCCAUACUCCCCUUCACCAUCAUACCACGACAACUCUGACCUGGGAGAGAGACGCGCACACACACACACACACACACACACACACACACACACACAAGCUGCUUUAUCCCCCCAGUGUGAAGGUGCCAAAAACCUUCCUCAGAAGCGCCACCAUCAACCACCCUGUGAUGUCUCGGGCCCACCUCUUUCAUCCCAAUGAGAUUAGACAACUACCUCUCUCCUCUUGAGGCCAUUCAUAGGCCUAGCUAGAUGAGCUGGAGGGAGGGACCAUGGACAAAAAAUCCAAACACUGAUUAUCUGGUCCAAUAAUGUACAUCAAUGUAACUGUUGUUGCCAUGCCAACACCAAUGUGCUGUCUCCGCCCCCUAGUCUCUGCUGUGACCACUGUAUCGUAUACCACAACCCCUUGCUGUGCCUGACUAUGACUCCUGCACUCCAGCCUUUAUCUAAUCUACACUGAGCAAAAAUAUAAACGCAACAUGUAAAGUGUUGGUCCCAUGUUUCAUGAACUGAAAGAUCCCAGAAAUUGCACAAGAAGGUUAUUUCUCUC